AUGAACUACUAUUCAAAUGCUAAUGGAGGAGUUGACCAGGACCGCAAUCGUGAGAUCCCUGCCCUGCAACACGCACGGAGACCUAGGGAGAUGAGGUUCACGAUGUCGGAAAGGCAAUUGGACUUGUUAUAUGCCAAGUGGGCUGUCGUGCAAAUGCACGUCCGCCAGCAGCUGUACCACCCUGACCUACCGUUGAUGCCACACCCACCACCACCAUUCUGGUCAGAGGAGGCACGCGCAAUGCUCAUACUUUGGGUCACGAGGGAGAGGCGCGUGUUCGAGAUGGAGAUGGUGGAACUCGAAUAUAUGCUGGGGCUCAGGGGGGCACACCACACGAAUGAAGGAGAGUCAGAGAGUCUAAGGGGCCGAGAUUGA